AUUUUUUCUUUCUGUCUCUCGCAAUCUGGUCAUCUGGAAUUGUCCAUAUUCUUGAUUAAGCGAUCAAUUGAUUUAUCCACUCCUUGGUUUUGCUCUUGGAAAGACCCUCUUUGAAAAAAUUAUUCAUCCACCCCCGAAUUCCUCCCUUCCCCGCAGCUGAUGGGCUUCCGUCACGGCUUCAAGCUCUUUCGCACCACCAUGUCAGGAGAAAAGAUAUACGAAGGCGUUUUCGCCGUUCACAAGCCCCAAGGAAUCAGUUCCGCCGAAGUAAUCCGCAACCUCCAACACCACUUCAACCCAUCCAAACUCUUCCAGCCCUGGUUGGAGAGCGAGCGCGAGCGCCGAAAACGCGAGAGUAACUUCCAACGGAAACGCCGGCGCUCACAGCGACUCGAUGUCAAAAUCGGACAUGGAGGCACUCUCGAUCCGCUCGCGACGGGCGUUUUGGUCGCAGGCGUAGGCAAGGGGACGAAACAGCUCAAUGAUUUCUUGGGAUGCACCAAGUCAUACGAGACGGUUAUUCUCUUCGGCGCUGAGACGGAUACCUACGAUAGACUGGGCAAGGUUGUCCGACGGGGCCCCUAUGAGCACAUUACUCGAGAGGCAGUUGAGAAGGCGCUGGAGCAGUUCCGCGGAAAGAUCAUGCAACGCCCGCCCAUCUUUUCGGCGCUGAAGGUCCAGGGAAAGAAGCUUUAUGAAUACGCCCGGGAGGGUAAGGAGCCUCCGAUUGAAAUCCAGGCUCGGCCGAUCGAGGUUCACAACUUGGAGCUGCUUGAAUGGUACGAGCCGGGCACGCAUGACUACAAAUGGCCCGAGGAGGAGGCUGCCGGGGAAGAAAAGGUGAUUGCAGAGAGACUCCUCGCUAAGGAUGACACACUGGCAGUUGCACCUUCUGCUGAGGCCGAGAAGAAAACCCAGAGUCAAGACCAGGAGGCAUCAUCAGCGACAAAGCGCAAAUCGCCCCCUCCCCCAGAAAGUCCCAAGAAGGAAGAGGACGCCAACACCCCAGCAGCAGCCGAAGCAGCCCCCGAAGCCGAGCCCUCAGCAGCCAAGAAGCAAAAGGUGGAAGGCGAAGAAGCAACGGAAACCGAACAACCCCCAGCAGAGGAGCCCACCGCUCCCUCCGAACCAAGCAAGCCCGUUCCCCAACCUGCUGCCGUUAAAGUCACCAUGACCGUUUCAUCCGGUUUCUACGUGCGCUCGCUUGCCCACGACCUGGGCAAGGCGCUUGGCAGCUGCGGCCUGAUGAGCUCGCUAAUCCGAACACGCCAGUCGGAUUUCGUGCUCGAUUCUGACAAGGUCCUCGAAUAUAAAGACUUAGAAGCCGGCGAGGAAGUCUGGGGUCCCAAGGUCCAGCGAUUCUUGCAAGAGUGGGAAGAUAAGAGAGCUGCCGAGGCGACCGUCGAUGAAUGAGUGACGCAAUAAGGGCCAGCAGAAUAAAAAAAAAAAAAAAAGCAUAUCAGUCAUUUUCUCCGUGGG